AUCCGUCAAUCUCGAAGUGAACGUAGACUUCUCUUAAAGCUCAGUUCACUCUCUCGACUGCACUCGCAUCCACUUCCUCUUCCACACUUGCAUCCACACCCUCCCCACAUCCUCACUCCUCUCUCACCAUGGUCAACCUCCAGGGCAAGCGCGCACUCAUCACCGGCGGGACACGCGGUGUCGGCGCCCUCGUGGCCAACCUCCUGGCGCAGCGCGGCGUGCGCCUCGCACUCAACUACGCGAGCAACAAAGAGCGCGCAGAGGGCACACUCAAGGAGCUUGCAGGUGACGGGCACGCGAUUGUGAAGGGCGACGCGUUCACGCGCGAGGGUAUCGCGGAGAUUGUCAAGGGCGCGAAGGAGGCGCUCGGAGGCAUCGAUAUCGUCGUGUCCAACGCCGGAUGGACUGCCUUCUCUCCCAACUUCAACGACAUCAACGCCAUCUCCGACGCCGACUGGCUGCAGUGCUACAAUGCCAACGUCAUGUCGCACCUCUGGCUGAUGCAGGCCGUGCAGGAUGAGCUCAAGGCCAACCACGGCAGCUUUGUCGUUUCGGCGUCUGCCGCUGGCCUCAAGCCAUCCGGGUCAUCUAUGGCUUACUCCGUCUCCAAGGCGGCCACCAUCCACCUCACCAAGUCGCUCGCGAUGGCAUCCGCACCAGAAGUGCGCGUCAAUGCUGUCGCCGCUGGCCUUAUGCUCACUGAGUGGAGCCAGGGCUUCACCGAGGAGAAGCUCAAGAAGGUGCGCGAGCGCAACGUCCUCAAGAAGAUCACCGAUGUCGAGGACGUUGCGCUCCAGUACGUCUCGCUUAUCGAGAACGGGUCUAUGACUGGCCAGGUCAUCCAGGUCAACUCCUCCAUGUAACUUCUUGUAUGCUAUCCUUCGGCUCCUUGCA